ACACUGUGUACAAUUUCGAGACGCAGAACGCAAGAAAUUUUCUUAUCUCUAAUCGAAAAAAUGGAUUAUUCCAUAUUAUUUAGUUAUAUUCUAAUUAGAAAGUCGCAUGUAGAGUGGCACUAGAAUAGUCUAGACAGUUUUUACCUGACAACGUGUGCGUAGCAAGGCCCAGGGCUCGCACAUCGCGCCCAAUCGAAUCACAGUCGAUCGCGAAAAGCGAAAAUGUAAAUGCUUUAUUAUCUUGCAAUCCGUAUCUUCCGCCUGUGUCGUUCCGUCGUAGUCGUCACAGUCGCCGUCAAAAUGUUCGUCGUGCCAGUUAUCGACUCCGCAAUCUUCAUCUCCUAAAGCAGACCACUACACACGCGUCAGCUCGUCCGCCUAGUGCGUAACACACUCCACAAGAGGGAGAUCCACACAAUAAAAUAACCAGAGCAACAGCAGAGCAGGCUAAACGAGUGCGGGGAAUCGGAGGCGCCGCUAGCACCUAGCCAGCACCUAUAUCAUGUCCGAGAAGCAUGGCCAGCUGGGUGCGCAGUGGACGAAAUCAGCGGCGGCGCCAACAGCAUCAGUAGCAGCAGCAGCAGCUCUAGCCUCGGCUCCGUCUCCCAUCCCGCUGCAGAAACUAACUGCAAAUCCGAGUCCAAACUUUCCAGCCACCAGCCAUCCGUAUGGCAAUUGCGGGAUACCUGGACUCCCAGGCAUACAGCCAGCGGACAUACCAUAUACCUCGGGACGGUUUCAGGCCCCGUCCAUCAUCCAUGCCAAGGCCUCGCCCCUGACCAUCGUGCCAGUGGGAACAGUCCCUGGCCACCACUGUCCCCCCCAGAACUCGCCCACGAGCCACCACACAAAUGUACCUGUAUCCGUGACCGUACCCGCUCCCAGCGGUUUUGUGCCGCCGCCGUUUACAAAUGCUGGCAGUGCCGCUACAUCCGUGCUGCAACCAAAUCCGUUUGCAACGGCCGCCGGGAAUGCCUUUGCCAAUGCCUUCAACUUCAAUACGGCCCAACAGCUGAUGCAUGCCAUGAGUGGCGGUGCAUCGGGUGUGGGUGCAACAGGCGCGGCAGGAACCACACCGAACACAGCAACAGCGACGCCUGUCAUAGCGGGCGUGGGUCCUCCACAGAGACAUCCCGUCGAAGCAGUUCCCACGACCAGUGGCGUCAUCAAUUCCACCAUUGCUGAAAAUGUAAUGAAUGCGCUGUCCAACUCGAACGCUGCCUCUGAGGAGAAGAUGCGACGCGUGCAGCAGGUGAUUGAGGCCAGCAUUGAUGACAAUGCGAAGCUACAAAUCUCGCAGAUCCUCGAACGUGUGGCGGUCUUAAAGCCAAUUGAGAAACUAUUUCUCUAUCUGCGUCUGCCUGGAGAGUGCGCGGACUCGGAUCCAUUGAGACAGCCACAGAAUCCGCUGGGUACACGCUCUGAGAUUAAUCACACCAUCAAUUGGGUGCGCUCCCACUUGGAACACGAUGCACAGGUCUCCAUACCAAAGCAGGAUGUAUACAAUGAUUACAUCGCCUAUUGCGAACGCCUGAGCAUAAAGCCCCUGUCCACCGCGGACUUUGGCAAAGUCAUGAAGCAAGUUUUUCCGGGCGUGCGUCCACGUCGUUUGGGAACGCGUGGAAACUCGCGCUACUGCUAUGCGGCCAUGCGUAAGACCACAAAGCUAACGCCGCCGCAGCUGCCGGCGCUGUGCAAAAGCGAACAAAUCACAGGAGAAGAUGACACAGCGACUGCCGCUGCCAUGCCCCAGAUGAAUCACUCGCCGAGUGUUGUGUUGCCUCCGAUGGCGACUGGCGACAGCGAUAACUGGGAUGUGGUGCGCAGUUGGGCGGAGAAGCUGCUGAACACAAAACUGGACAGCAUUGCAGAGCUAAGCACGCGGAUCAAGAGCAACAAUGCCACGGUUAUGGGCGUAAAUUUGGGCGCCAAGAAGUACACACCCCGGGAGCCCAAAGAGAAGCGUGUUUUGGCCGACAUGGGACCACUGAAGAAGCGACGCAAAAAGAAACGCAAAGGCUCUACAUCCUCAGAGUCGAGCUGCAAUCAAUUGGUGGCUGGGCAGCAGGAUGCAGGCAGCAGUCAGGAUGCCAUCGAUGAACUGAAAACGGAGCAGCUAGUAAAGAUCAAGCAGGAGAUUAUAGACUCACCCGUACACCAGUCACAGCCCCAGUCCCAGCAGCAGCAGCAACAGCCCCCAAUGAAUUAUCUGCAUCAAAUGAUGCCCAUGAACCUCGCCACAGAUCAGCGAAGCAACAGUGCGGUACGCAAUCUGACGCCCAAGAUCAUGGAGAUGGGUGGUGUGGUGCCGCCAACGGUUGUGCUCACUCAGCAGCAGGAUGAGCCAUUGCCCACAACGAUGGUGAUCAAAGACGAGGUGGAGGACUACAAUACAUCCAAUAUAUUCUGCAAAAAAGUGCUGAAGGCGCAGCAAACGAAAGGAUUUUGGGCCAAUUCCCCUAGCAGCGGCACAACUGGCGGCGGAGGAACCCUGCUAGUGCCGCCAGUGAUCACAACGACAGCGGCAACACCACCGCCACCGGACAUCUCGCCGGGUCCCAUGUCCAUGGGACCCCCAGCACAAAUGAUGAUUUCCAGUUCUGUGAGCCCCUCCAGCAGCAUGGACAGCCACAACACCACACCAAAAGUGGCCUCACGCAACAUGAUUCUGCUGCGUGCGAAACGUCUGCUGGCGGCGGAGAAUGCCGCUGCGUUGACGGCCGCUACCGAGGACUCGGGACUGCCGGAGAAUCUGGGUUUGCCCAGGGAGCGGGUGAUUAGCAUCUGUAAUAUGGAUAAGCACGAGCUGGAUGACUACUUCCUGCCCGUUGAGGAUGAGGAGAACUCCGAGGAGCCCGACACCGAGCUGCUUCAAUAUUUUCAGAUGGGAGACGCUGAGGAAAAACAACUGAAUUCCUUAGAUGCUGUAGAACAGAACAGAAAUCCACAAGGAGCACCGACAACAACGUCGACGACGACAACGAUACAGGCGGGAAUGGCGCCAGCGAUGCAACAGCAGGAACAGACCCAAACCCAGCAGCAACAGCAGCAGCCGCAGCCGAAUCGUGGAGCCACAGCGACCAUGCCCUCGCCACAGGGGGGAUUGGUCGUCUCAUCGACAAUGUUGCCCGGUCAAGCUAAUGUGGGUUCUGCCUCAGCGUCUCUGGCUUUAAUGUCAAAGAAGCAUCAACACCAACAAAACCAACAACAGCAGCAGCAGCAGCUGCCGCCACAUAACCAGCAGCAGCAGCAACAACUGCAGCUGCGAACCAAACAGCUGCCAACGAAUGGCAAUCCUAACCAGAACAACAGACGAAAGAUCAGCCUGAGCAAUGCCUCCAGCAAUGGCAGCAACAAGAACUGCAUAUUUCUGCCCAUAUCCCCCAACAUCAACAAUGGAGGAGCAGCAGCAGCAGGAACAGCGACUGUAACGCAAGUGUCUCAGAAUCAGAAUCCAACAAAUUCCAAUCAACAAAAUUGUUUUGCCAGUCCUGGCGUCACGCGAAUGCGGCAACGUUCCAGUUUGCUAACCAAACAGCAAUCCUUGGACUGCGAUGGCAAUCGCGAUCCCAUGAUUGGGGCAACGCGUAGAAAACGCUGCUACGUCUAUAGCUAUCCCACAAGCACCUCAGCCUCGGCGCCGCCAAGCCCCUCGCUGCUGCAGCAGUGCAUGGUGGGAAAUUGGCCAUUUGGUGGAGCAAACUCCUUUCCAGAAACAAACAGUGCAGAUCCCUUGAUCAAUCAGAACUCUAUGGAUCUGGAGACAAGCCUGGCCCUGACUGGUGGCGACGAUCUGGAUCUGACGGAGACGCAACGCUCGCAGUCGGUGCCGCUGUCACAGCUACAGAGGAGCUGCCAUCCGUCGCCCAGCUUCAAUCGGCAGGCCAGCUUUCAGGCUUCUAGCUAUGCGAGCGACACCUUCUACUCGGAGAACAGCAACAGCCAGAAUUCGGUGACUGUGGCACCCCUAAAGGAUGUGGAAGCGGCUGCCGCGCUGCUCUAUGACGUAGAUGUGGGUGCCAUGAUAUCGCCGAGUUUUAACAAUAAGUUUGGGAACAUUUCCCAGCAGACGGCCACCACAUGCAGCUCCUCGGCUGGCUCCUCCUCGGGAUAUAGUAGCGGAGGUUCUGCGGGCAUUGUCUCACGUUCUGUGCCCUCCACACCGCUGCCGCACCAGCAGCAGAACAACAACACUCUGGCGGCUCUUAAUGGCAAUGGAGUGGGCAAUGGCGUAGGUGGAGGAGGCAACAACUUGAAUGCCACAAAUGGUUUCUUCAACAUCUCGCCAUCGUUCAACUGGGAAACAUCGAGCAAUGGCAUUCAAGGGGGGCCCUACGUCUCGUACAGCGCACGCAAUACGAUGGAUAUAUCCAAGUCGAUGCCCACGACGCCCAUAACGACGCCCAGCUUUCGCUACAGUCCCGUGGAGUUGCAUCGGGAUUUCCUGAUCAAUGGCUGCACCAUAGACCUAGUGCCCACGUCUGCGUUUGUACCCGCGUGCAGCGAUGAAAAUCCCGCGCUGACCCUCAGCUCGGACUCGCUAAUGGAUGACAGUUCGCCCAGCAGUAUACUGGAUACCUUGUAGAAUUUGCACGAAGAGAAGGCUCAGGAGGAGAUUACAGAACCAAGGGAAGAAAAAGGAGAGGAGAAGGACGAAAAAUCUGUUGCCCAAAUGCCCGAAGAUGCCACUGUGGUGGCCUAUCUGCUGGAGCAUGUGGAUCAGUUGUAGAUUGAAGCGUGCCUUCUCCGAUCCGAUCGUCCCGUUUAAUUAUAUUGUUGUGUUCAUUUUGUGUCUAGUAAAUCCCGUGCCUCAACGUAUCAAUGUCUCUCCCACACUCCCACUGAAUGAGCUUUCUCUUCGCCAUAAGAUCCCACACUUCCUGCUAAAACUAAACACUAAACCACAGCUUAGCUUCUAGCCUUUAAUUGGUUUCAAAACUAUCCUAAAUUUCCAUGUCCAAAAAUAGAGAGAGAGAGUUUGAGCUUAAGCUCCUCCAUCUAUAGUCUCUAUUAUAACCCUCAGGCCCCACCCCAUUGUUGUAUAUUGUUAUUGUAAUAUUAACCUAAUCCUUAAACCAAUGAUGAUUGAUUUCUGUAUGUAAAUGAUAGUUUUUACUGUUGAACAAACCUUACAAAAACGAAACGAACUUAAAGUCUGAAUGAAGGAAACGUGUGCAGAGGUUUUAAAAACGGAAAACAAAUUUACAAACAAUAUGUAAAAUGUAAUUGUAAAACGAAUGUACAUCUUAGAGAACUAAACAACUAUGAACACAUAAUCUCGGCCAUCGUCGAGUAUUCCUAUGACCCCAGAAGAUAUAUAUAAAUUUCUAAAGAUGACCCCCUGAGGUCAUAUGGAACAAAGUUUUAGUUCAAAAAAUUGUCAGAAUUUAAUUGUGUGUUUGUAUGGUAUUGUACGGUAUUCAAUUGUUCAGAUAUGGAUAUAGAUAUAUGCAUAUGGAUAGGCCCCUCCUUCGAUUUUACUAACACUCCCCCUGAACGUUCUAUUACUAUACUUUCUAUCUGUCUUUUUAUCUUUAAUGCUUUGAUUCUUCUGCGAUUAGUUAUAAGUGUUUGUUUGUUAUAAAUGUUUUUUAUAUAUUUUUUGUUUCGUUUCGGUUUACGUGUAGUUCUCUAGGUUUUUAUCUUUACUAUCUCCCAACCAAUUUGGAUUUUAUGCGAGCUUUCUAGUGUCUGGAACUCUAGUUCUAAUUUCGUUUCGUGUAGUCACAGAUUUUUCUUCCAAAUUUUAGCCUUAAAAAUAAAUAUCUUUAUUUCAGAAUUUGUGUAACAAAGUAAAAGUCUAUUACCGAAUUCAAUUCCGUUCUAAAAAAAAAAACAAUUUUAUGUGUGUGUAAAGUUUUUAAAAACAUAUUUUUAAACAAAAAAAAAAUUGAUCAAUGUGCCUCAGGCUUUAUUGUAAAACAAUUCAUGUGUAAAAUGCAUAUACCACAGGAAAAACAAAAACCAAUAUACAUACAAACAUACAAAAUGCAUUAAAAAAAAGGCGAAAAA